CCAACCAAUAUUGAACUGAUUCAAAAUACAAACUUGAGAGAUUCGUGCUCGGCUCAAUUUUAAUCUAACCAAGUUGCAAGCUUACAGGUGACUUUGCUCCUUCAUACCCCUUCUUCCUCUUCUAAGCCCGGAUCACAAAGGGGCAAUAGAGUCUAAACGGUCCUCUCCGGAGCCUGAGUGCCAAUAAAUAACAAAUACAAGUGACCGGACAGAAAGCAUCAAUGACAACAUUAACAAUUUGUCCAACCGGUUAUUAUUCUCCUAAUUAUAACAAAUAUAAUAAACUUAUUCCUCGAGCAUUCCCGUCCUCUUCUUCUACUUACUUAAUUUUCAACCGGUCCUUCGAGUCAACAGCUCUCACUUCUACAUCCCCUCUCUCUCUUCGCUGCUUCUCCUCUCCUUACCCUGUUGAAGAUAUGGAUGGCGGUGUUGGUCCAACUUUGUAUCCUUUGCAUCGCUGCAAGACUCUUCAUCUGGUGAGGCAUGCACAAGGAAUUCACAAUGUUGAUGGAGAUAAGAACUUCAAAGCAUAUAUGACUCCUGAAUAUUUUGAUGCUCAUCUAACCCAACUUGGCUGGAAGCAGGUUGAAAAUCUGCGUAAGCAUGUUCAUGAGACUGGACUUGUAAAGCGGAUUGAUUUAGUAAUUGCGUCUCCUUUGCUUAGGACACUGCAAACUGCUGUUGGAGUUUUUGGUGGUGAGGGCUAUGAGGAUAGGAUGGAUGUAGUACCACUAAUGGUGGCAAAUGCCGGAAACAGUGGCCGUGCUGCAAUUUCAAGUCUAAACUGCCCACCAGUCAUUGCUGUAGAACUUUGUCGGGAACAUUUGGGGGUUCAUCCAUGUGAUAAGAGGAGAAACAUCAGUGACUAUCAGUUUCUCUUUCCUGCAGUUGAUUUUUCCCUGGUAGAAAGUGAUGAAGAUGUAUGGUGGAAGGCCAAUGUUAGAGAGACAAGGGAAGAAGUUGCUGCUAGGGGAUUGAAGUUCAUGAACUGCUGUUACACCGUUGAAUUUUCUACAAGAGGCUGCAUGAUUUUAUUAAUUGGGAAUCAUGUCAAGGAACAAUUAGUACCAGCAACUAUGGAAAUUACAAUCUUGUGGUUGUGGACACGUAAGGAGAAAGAGAUAGCAAUUGUCACGCAUAGUGGAUUCUUGUUUCACACAUUGACUACAUUUGGAAAUGACUGUCACCCUUCCGUGAAGACAGAAAUAUGCAAACAUUUUGCUAAUUGUGAGCUCCGGUCCAUGGUCAUCGUUGACAGAAGUAUGACUGGAUCAGACACUUCAACGACGAAUUAUCCUGGAAAUAUUCCAUCUAGGUUGGAUCUUCCUAGCGGUGUUGCACAUAAGAAGCUUGAGAAAGAAGAAACCAGUUCAAAUGACUAGUCACUAGUGAAGGAAUUGGUGUUGUUAAUCUAUAUUAAUUCCCUUGUUGGAAACUCUGGUUUCUUUUCUCUGCAUACAUUAAUGGUGAAUGACAUGGGUUGCAAUUUGGAAGACAUGGAACCAACUAUAUUUCGAAGUUUCAAUUCUAAUGAUCUAUAUAUUUUACAUAAA